ACCAACAGCAUCGCCCCAAUAAACAAUGCACAAGAGUACUGUCAUCUGCAAUGUCAGAUCUACCAAACAUCCCUCUCCCUGCCUCCCUGCCUGGCUGGCAGCAUACAUCUACAUGGGUUCAGGCUGUCUGUACACGAACUCCUUCACAUAGCCCUCCCCACCACAGUUGGCCGAACACGUGUACACCGCCAGUAUACCCCACUCCAGCUUAUCCAGCUUCAGCAGGUGGAUCAGCUCAGGCUGCACCUGGAACUCAAACACACGGGGCGACCCGCACGUGUCGCAGUCGGGCGGGCCGUCCUCCAGCUGCUGGGCCGAGGCGAACCACAGAGGGGCGCCCUCGUAUGCGUAACGGAGAACGUGGCCGGGGUUGGUGCGGACCCGCUUGAGGAAGGUUUGGAAGGUGUCGUCGUUUCUGCAUGAGGGCGGGGCGAACUCCUCGAAGAACUGCUGCUCGGACUCGUCGAGGGUCGCAUCUGGCACACACGCACACAUAUGCACAUACACAUACGCAGGUGGACACGUACACUAUUGUCUGUGAUGAUCCCACCCCAUGCUUGGUGCUCACCAGGGUUGUCCUUGGCGACUUCGUCGUAUCGCCGUUUGAGCUCCAUCUCGUGGGAGUAGUCUCCCUGAUCGAGCGAGCGAACAAUCAACACAGAAAACGGCCUCUCCAUCCUUCAUCAAUCAAAUGACCCAACCCCUAACGUGGUGAUCUGCUCAUGUCAUCCCCUCACCUGUUUAUCAGCAUCCUCCUCGCCCUCUUCGUCCACCUCCAGCUCAUACUCUUCGAACACGCCCACCAGCAUGCCAUCCUCAGACACACGACGGCACCGACGAUGCCCGCGGGGUAUCAACGCCGCCUUAUCAUCACCCCUCCGGCCCUCCUUCGCAGCUGGCGAUGUGUCAGGCGAAGAACCGGCUUCACCGUCCCCCUUCGGCAGCCCGCAUACGGGACACAGCAGGCUUUUGAACUCAUCCUCCUCCUCAUCACCGACACCCGACACGUUGUCGGUGUCCGGCGGCUCGAAUGGGUAGAAUGCGUUGUCCCGCGGCAGCUGGUUGCGCAUCGCCACGAACUGGUUGCCGCACGGCUGACAGCCGAAGAGGAAGAUGGUCCGGUGGAAGCAGCUUGACGCAUCGAGGCUGGCGUAGACUUGCAGGAUGAAGGUCAUGGGUGUGCGGCAUCUCGGGCACUGGAGGUCGCUGAGUGGUGGGAGGUGUUGCGGGUUGAGCCAUGCAGGCUGGCCACCCACUUUGGAUGGGAAGAAGCGGCGGUGCAGGAGGGCGGGGUUAGAUGGCUUCUCCGGGUAGCCGAGAAGUAUCUGAUCCGCGUUCAUCACGCCGAGAGAGAUGACAAUAUCGUUGUUGAUCAAGAAGGACGCGUUGUUUGCUUCAC